AUGUUUAUAGAGGGGAUAUCGGAGCAGGCCUAUGCUGACGUGGCACCUGAUGACAAAGACUAUGCCGCCAUUCAAGGUCUGGCCGAAGCUGGCAUUUUGCCGAGCCUGUUGGGUCGGAGGGACGAGGCAGGAGGGGCCGCAGCAGGGGAGAGCGCAGGGGAGGGUGACACUCUAUUUCGGCCAGACAGUCCCUUGACUCGUCAGGAUCUGCUGACGUGGCGCUUUGCUCUGGAAUACUCCCACCUGCCGCCGCCCGACCUUGCCGCCCUGCGCCACACGUGUGGGCUGAUCGACGCCGCCCGAAUCUCCCCUGCCGCCCAAAGAGCCCCUGUUACGCACGCUCAGGCUGCUGCGGCGCUCACGUUCGGCCGAACCUAUGAGACGGUGAACGAGGCUGCGGUUCGGGUGGAGGUGGCAGAGGCUCGGAAGGCAGCUGACGUGGCGAGGCAGGAGGCUGAGUCAGCGAGAAGGGAAGCAGCGCGAUUGGCCGAGGAGGUGGAGAGAGUGAGAAGGGAGGAGGAGGAGGGAGUGAGGCGGGAGAAGGAAGAGAGGGAGCUUGUGGAAAGGGAAAGGGAGUCACUAAGGGAAGAGGUUGAGAGGCUCAGAGCUGAGAUUGUCAGGUUUAGCAGCAGUGGUGGUGAUGGUGAGGGUGAAGGGAAAAUGAAUAAUGCAAGAGGGGGGCUGGAAGGAGGGGAGGAGGAAGAGGCAAGUGGGGUAGCAGGUGCAGGGGAGCGAGGUUUUGGCAGCGAGAGGGAGGCAGGAGGAGGUGCGAGUGUGGAAGGUGGCACUUCUGAUGGGAUGGAGGAGGGCAGCGUCCAAGAACCCGCUAUUCUCCCCCCGGGCUGGUGGGCGGAUUUGAUUCAACAGAGAGCAGAGGAGGCAAAACACGGCGUUGCCAAGAAUCUUGUGAGAAUCAAAGAACGUUCUGCUGACGUGGCGUCUGGUCUGGCUGCCAGCGUGGCGGAUGGCAGCCUGCAGCGGUCGUUGAGUAAAAGGACAGAGGAAGCUGCCAGGAAGGUGCAGGAGCUGCAGAAUGCUGAUUUGAAGGAAGGUGCGAGGAUGGUGCGGGAGCGAGUGGGAGGGGAGGUGGCAAGGAGGAUAGAGGGAGUGAGGGAGGUAGGGGAGAGGAUGGUGGCGAUGGGGAGGGAGGAGGCAGAUAGAAUGCUGCGGUCGGGCAAAAUGUUGGUCCCUAAAAAGAACCGUCUCUUGGUCUACAAGUACCUCUUCAGCGAGGGAGUCCUGUUCGCGGAGAAGGACUUCAACCUGCCCAAGCACCCCGAGCUCGAGGUCCCCAACCUGCAAGUGAUCAAGCUGAUGCAGAGCUUCAAGUCGAAGGGGUUUGUGCGCGAGACGUUCGCGUGGCGGCACUACUACUGGUACCUCACCAACGAGGGCAUUGAGCACCUCCGCGACUACCUCAACCUCCCCUCCGAGAUCGUCCCCGCCACCCUCAAGAAGUCCUCCCGCCCGCCCGGUCGCCCCAUGGGCGCUGGUGGAGACCGCCCCCCUCGCCGUUUCGAGGGUGGACGGGGCUAUGGUGACCGCGAGGGAUACCGUGGGUACGGUGCCGGUGGUGACGACAAGGCCGGUGCUCCCGGUGCCUACAAGCCAGCCUUCAGGGAGACCAGCACUAGGAUCGAUCGGGUCCGAGCCAUGGCGUCCGCGAUUUUCAAUAGAAUGGACCUCCUAACCUGCUUCGUCUUCCUCCUCGUGCUCGGCCUGAGUCAACGCUUCCACCUCCUGCCGUCCGUCCCGUCGCCGGAAGAGUUCCUAUCCGACGCGAUGGUCCACCAGUCGGGGAUUUCAGUGGCCGACGAACCCUCGAGGGGGCCGCGGAGGCGUUUGUUAGAAGCUUCGUCACAGGCGGAGGAUCGCGAGGCGCAGAGGCGGAUGGUGCGCGCGGCGGUGGAGCGAUGGCGGAAGGAGCAGCGGGCGCGCGACAAGCGGGAGAUGAACGAAUCCAUGCCGAACACGCAGCCGCCCAAAGGGGAGCGGUACCUGCUGGGCCCGAAGAUUACCGACUGGGACGAGCAGCGCGCGGACUACGUGCGGAAGCACCCCGGAUGCAACGAGACGCGGCAGGGCAAGCCGCGCGUGAUGCUGGUGACGGGGUCGCAGCCGGGCGUGUGCGACAACGACGUGGGCGACUUUCUGCUGCUCAAGUCGCUCAAGAACAAGCUCGACUACUGCUCGCCGCGCGACAUCCAGAUCUACUACAGCACGGCCAUUCUGGAUCGCUCGAUGGACUCGUUCUGGGUGAAGCUGCCGCUUCUGCGCAAGCUGAUGCUGUCCCACGCCGAGGUGGAGUGGUUCUGGUGGAUGGACUCGGACGCUGUUUUCACAGACAUGACGUUUGACGUUCCGUUUGAGAAGUACGAGCCAACCGUUCACAUGGUGAUGCAUGGAUACGACUCGCUGGUCUAUGGCAAGGACUGGGUGGGGCUCAAUGCUGGCAUCUACCUUAUCCGUAACUCACAGUGGUCGCUUGACUUCAUGGAGGACUUGGCGCAGUUUGGGGUGAAGGGGCCGAUGAGGGACGCAGCAGGCGUGAAGCUCUUCAAAGAGCUCUCGACCCGGCCCAUGUUUGAGGGGGAUGAUCAGAGCGCCAUAGUGUGGAUGAUGGCGUACCACCCGGAGAAGUACGCCAAGGGAAUUUACCUCGAGAGCUCCUUCAUGCUGCACUCCUUCUGGCCCACCAUCACCCCGCACUACGAGGAGCUGAUGGACAAGUACCACCCGGGGUACGGGGACCACCGGUGGCCUCUGAUCACCCACUUUGUGGGGUGCAAGCCGUGCGGGAAGAUCGGGCAGAUUGAGUAUGAGGAGACACAGCGAUGCGUUGAGAACAUGGAGAGGGCGUUCAACUUUGCGGACAACCAAGUGUUACGCAAAUUUGGAUACGAGCACCUUCAUUUGGAUACAUUCCAAGUUGUGAAGAUCAACUUUACUACGUACAAGGCGUCGGAGUUUGACUCGCAUCCGCUCAAGAAUAGACAGCUGGAUUUCUAG